AAGACUGAGAUGGUGAAGAGUCGCCCCACAGCCUCCGCCGCCGCCGCCGCCGCCGCCACUGCCGCCAGCGGUAACAGACGUUCAGUUCUUUCCCUGCUGACCCGCGCGCGCGCCAUGCAGCAGAAGGAGCAAGAGUUGAUGGAAGUCUAUCACGACAUACCAGGGUAUGGAAUGUACGAUCACCACAUGACAGAGCUGCCAAUGACAGAUGGGGUUGGCGAAGAUGUCUCAGCAGGUCGCGGUGGCGGUGGUGCCCUCAAGGUCAACAGCCCAGGAGACCGUGCCCGUUUCCGCCAUGACCCCUACCCUCGCGUGCCCUCCUCGACAUAAACGAGGUCAAAGUUCAUUGCUCUCUUUCUCUCUCUCCCUACCCCCCUUAUCCCUUCUUUCUGUCUUUGUCUCUAUCUCUCAUUGCUUAUCUAUCUCCCUCUCUUUCACCGUGUCUCAUUCUUCUCGUAUAUGUCCCUCUCAUCAUCCUUCAUUUUCUCUCUUUCCGUCUCACACACUCUCUUCUCCCCUUUCUCUUUUUGAGUCUCUCCCCGCCCCCGGGUCUCCCUCUCUCUGUCAUUACAAGCCGCGUCGAAACACCAGUUUGUGUAAGCUAGCCACCCAGACCUUCAACCGAGCCGCUGAGGUCCCCAAGUACCAGCAGCAUCCGGAGGGACAAGGUACCCGUAGAUCCACCACGCAACACGGAACUAUUGCGUGCUGUCAAGGUAGUCGCCACGAUCUUCCGUCUUCUUCCUGCUCCUCUUGUGUGUUCCGGUUUUGAGUCUCUCCUUUUGCAGCCCUUUGUCCAAUGCCCAGAAACCUUUCCCUUCGGUUCAAGCUGCGAGAUCGCUGCUGAUGCUCCUGACGGGGUUUGACAAGAAGUGGAAGAAGGAAUUUGGUGAUGCCCGUUUUCUGUGGGUGGGUACCUUAACGUGUUGUGUUUUUUUUUUUUUUUUCUAGGAGGGUGACUAUUAUAAGAUUGGGUCUAAAGUUUGGUAUUUGAAGUAAAGCUUUCAAGCAUUUCACCUAGUCUUUAGAUUUAUCCAAAAUGAGAGUUGUCGUAGGCUGAAACCCCUCGUCUUGUGGCAAGUGAUUUGUAUUUUUUCAUAUCCGGAGAGGUGGAGGGAACCGUGAUAAAAAAUAUUAAUAACUAUGAACAAGUGACGAGUGGCACAGACAGAACCAGACUUUGACGGAAAAAAAGGUUCGUCGGAAAACACAGGAGAUAAACACAAGAUACCUGGUUAAAGACUUCUGAAUAAUUAUCGUACUACAAACCUUUCGUACUGAGGGGAGAGUGUACCAGGCAUGCUACGUCGUGUCAAGGACGUCGGACUUUUAACCCUGGGCGAAAACCCCCACGUUUUCCCCAAUACCAGAGAUCGUGAAGACGGUUUUGAUGGGAAAGAAAAUGACACGAUGAACUAAACAAACAGUAAAGAGAUACACAAAGAAGCCAAACCCCAAGCUUCUUUCAGAGCAAGAAGGCUUGAACCUCCAAACCCACAAGGAUGGAUUUCUUGUGACCUGAACUGACGUUUUGUGUGCUCUUCUUGAAAAAUUGUUCCGAAAGUGAACCUUAUCUUGAGGUCGCGUCUCACGUGUGUUCGUUCUCUUGUUUUAAUAUUAUUCUCAAAGAAAGGUUCGAGGUCCCUCCAAGCUCGUUAAUUUCUAAGGUGCAGUAUUUUGAUAUUCUCGAAUUUCGAAUUUUAGAAAGAAAAUACAAAGUAUCAUACUAGUGAAUGAAGAGAACUGUCAGACCAACAAACCAUCUUGAAAAAAA